CUCUCUCUCUCUCCCACCCUCUCUAAGGCUAAUGCUUAUUGUGUGAUUUUCAUUCUAAUUUCUUCACUUAACCUUUUUCCAUAUAGCACUACUAGCACUUAAAAAAAAAAAAAAAUAGCUCAAGCAAUAUAAUUAUUCUACAAAAAGUUACCAAUUAUGGGUAAGGAAAGGUAUUGGGUUGGAAAAUCUUCCAAAAAAAGUGUUAUAGUUGAAGAAAAUGAAACAAGAACAACAACACCACCUAGUGGUUGCAUGUGUGCUAUUUUUCAAUUCUUUGAUUUUCAUCCAUUUCAUUUUCCUAACUCCAUAAAUCAUCAACAAGAAAUCACUUCUUGCAUCUCAAAACACCACACUACUACUUCUACUACUAUUGUCCCAAAAGGUGCUGAAGCUCCUAGGAAUAGCUUGGAAUCUAAUGAUGGCAUAGUUUCAGCUUCUCUUUCAAAAGAAGAAAAUUUUAAAAUUCCAAUGAAUAUACAAAUUAAAACAAAAAGGAGCAAUGGUGGUAAUUUGACUGAUUUGUCCUCAGAAAUAAGCACUUCACCAGGAACAAAGACACCAACUUUAGUUGCAAGAUUAAUGGGCUUAGAACUUCUUCCAAAUUCAAGCUCACCCUCUUUUUCUUCACCUCUUUCAACACCAAAUUCUCUAGGGAAGAAUAAUAUUAUUCAACAUCUUAACCAAGGUAGAACAAACCAACAAAAAAUUCAAACCAAAGCAAGAAAUAGCAUUGAUAGUAGUGAAAUUACAAGAAUACCCUCAUCUAGAAAAUCAGAUUUUUAUCAUCAUAGACUCUCUCUUCAAAUCAACAAAGAAAAUAAUCUUGGUGAUGAGGAUUUUGAGAUACCUAGAUUUUCAUUUUCAAAGAGGAAAGUUGAUGAGAAUAAUUGCAAAAGUCCAAGUCAACAUGCAAAGCAAAUUGUUAAACAAGUUGAGGAAAGUGUUGCUAGUAGAAAAGUUGGUCAAGACAUUACCAACACUCUCAAAAGCAAGCAGGAUAUCUGUACUCAACAAAACUUCAGAGUAUCGGAUAAUUUACCAACCAAAGAUCAAUUACAAGCAAGAGAAGAACUUUUAGGACAAUUAAGAAUCAAGAAAUAUCCUAAAACAACAACAUUGAAAGAUUCAAACCCUUCAUCAUGUUCACAAAGGAUUAGAUUCAUAGAAAACAAACACAAGCCAAACACAACUUCAAAAGAUCAAAACACAAAACCAAAGGCUUAUGCAUUGAAAGAAGAGCAAGAAUCCAGGGACAAGAAAUUGGUCCCAAAAUGUAAGAAAGAUACAAAUGAAAAGUUUAGCUCAAGAUUCAAAAGGCCACCACAAACAUCAGAUAUAAACAUUUGUCCAACAUCAAAUUCUAGAGCCAAUGACAUCAAAAGUAAUGUCAAAAGCAAGAAAACACAGUCAUUAUCAAGCAAUCUCCUCAACAACAUCAAUGUUGUCCAAAAUGUUCUCUCUAUUAAGAGAGUGUCUUCUCCUCUCGCAACCAAAAUUCAUCAGAAAAAGUCACAGGUAUCUGAAACUCAAUGUUGUUCGAGCCAAAGGUACAAACAAGAAGGAACAACCACACUCUCAACUCAAGAAACAAGCACCAACGUCAUUGAAGACAAAUUUAACGGUGUCUCUACCAUAGAAACUCACAAAACAGAAUUUCAGUACAUCACAGAAAUCUUAAACAAACAUGUCACAACCACAACAACAAAAAAUGUGUCUUUUAACACAUGGUUCUCUCCAAAACAUCCACUUGACCCAUCAAUCUUCAACCACCUUGAACACAAUUUCGACAAUAAAGAUCGAAACUUUACCACAAAAAAUCAUUUGGGUCAUCGUUGGAAUCGAAAAUUGAUGUUCGAUUUGGUGGAUGAAGUUUUACAAGAGAUUUUGAAGUCAAAGGGUGGUGAAAAAAAUCUAUGUUUUUCGCAACGGUUUUGUAACCAGUUGACAAUUACGGAAUUAAUGGAGAGAGUUUGGAAAAGGGUAGGAGAGUUUCCAUGCGCGAAAUGUGACGUUUUGGAUGAUAUCGAUAAUUUAAUCGAAUCAGAAGACAUGGAAAAAUCGAUCAAGGAUGUAGGUGAAGAAGAAAGUGAAGAGUUGGUGAUGGAGAUUGAAGGGAGCAUAUUAGACACAUUGAUGCAUGAAAUUUGGUUAUGACUAUAUGGUUGAAAUUACGAUUUUGAUCUUUGAAAUGAUUCUUACAAUUUAGUUUUCAAAAAGUUUAAUUAGGCAACGUGUUUGUCCCUAUAGCUUUUGUUCAUGUGUAAUUAUUAAACUCUAAAAUCAUCUCUCAAAUUCAAAAUCAUAUAAAUCAUUCAAUUUUCUACAUGCAUAUUUUGGUUGAUUCUGAGUUUGAUAUAGUUACUUUUAUAUUUUUUAUUUUCACAAAAACAACACUUUAAAUUUUCAACAAAAUAUAUAGUGAUUUGGUUAAACUCAGAAUCAAUCUAAUUAUGAAUUAAAAAUUGUAAAGAUGAUUUUUUAUUUAAUAAAAGUUUACUUGAUUUUGAUAAACUAAA